CAUCUCCUGUGGGUGUGGCGGAAGUCGCUUUCAAGAGCAUCGCGGUACGCACAAGAGAGUUCCGGCGGAGGCAGGAGUGGUGGCCUUUGGUCUGUGCAGGAGUCGCCAUGGAGGCAGUGGAUUCGGAUGUCGAAUCGCUGCCGCGGGGGGGUUUCCGCUGUUGCCUCUGCCAAGUUACUACAGCCAACCGACCGAGCCUAGAUGCCCACUUGGGAGGCCGAAAGCACCGGCAUCUGGUAGAACUGCGAGCUGCCAGAAAGGCCCAGGGACUUCGGAGUGUGUUUGUUAGUGGUUUUCCCAGGAAUGUGGAUUCUACAGAGCUGUCUGAAUACUUCCAGGCAUUUGGACCUGUAGCCAGUGUGGUCAUGGACAAGGAUAAGGGGGUGUUUGCCAUUGUGGAGAUGGGGGAUGUGGCCUCCCGGGACGCUGCCCUGGCCCAGCCCCAACACAGCCUUCGAGGACAGCGUCUCCGUGUGCGCCCUCGGGAACAGAAAGCAUUCCAGAGCCCAGUAUCUAGGGGCCCACAGGGCGUGGCCCCCGAUGACAGUGACCAGCUACUCAGCACCCUGGCAGAGGCCCCAGAUGUGGGUGGGCAGAUGCUGAAGCUGGUGGCACUGCGGGAGCUGUCUGAGGCUGAGCGGCAGCUGCGGCGCCUGGUGGUGGCCCUGAUGCAGGAGGUCUUUACAGAGUUCUUCCCAGGCUGUGUGGUCCACCCUUUUGGCUCUUCCACAAAUAGCUUUGAUGUCCAUGGCUGUGAUCUUGACCUCUUCCUGGAUCUGGGGGAGCUGGAGGAGCCUCAGCCAGUCCUGAAGGCGCCAGAGUCUCCAUCCUUGGACUCUGCCCUCGCUUCCCCCUUGGAUCCUCAAGCCUGUACCCCAGCCUCCUCUGUGGACUUGCAGUCCCCAGCAUCUCCCCAUGACUCUGAAGUGCUGGACUUUGAGACCCUGUCCUCCUCCCGAGCCCCCCAGACACCAGAUUCUGCACUGGCCUCUGAGACCCUCGCCUCUCCGCAGUCCUUGCCUCCAGCCUCACCACUGCAGGAGGACAGGGGCGAGGAGGACCUUGGGAAGGGCCCCAGUUUGGCAGAGGCUCCAGGGCAUGAGAAACCAGUGGGAGCAGCUGUGCUGGAGCUGGUGGGCUCCAUCCUGCGGCGCUGUGUCCCUGGUGUGUACCGAGUCCACAGCGUGCCCUCGGCCAGGCGCCCUGUGGUGAAGUUCUGUCACAGGCCCUCAGGGCUUCACGGUGACAUCUCCCUCGGUAACCGCCUGGCUCUGCACAACUCCCGAUUCCUUAGUUUGUGCUCUGAGCUGGACGGGCGCGUCCGACCCCUCGUGUACACUGUCCGCUGCUGGGCGCAGGGCCGAGGACUAACCGGAAGUGGUCCCCUCCUCAGCAACUAUGCUCUGACUCUGCUUGUGAUCUACUUCCUGCAAACCCGGGACCCCCCUGUGUUGCCCACGGUAGCCCAGCUCACCCAGAAAGCAGGUGAGGAGGAGCAGGUGGAAGUGGAUGGCUGGGAUUGCAGUUUCCCCAGGGACACCUCCAAUCUGGAAUCCAGCACUAACGUGGAGCCCUUGGGCUCUCUGCUGGCCCAGUUCUUCUCUUGUGUGUCCUGCUGGAAUCUUCGUGGCUCUCUGUUGUCCCUACGGGAGGGCCAGGCACUGCUGGUAGCUGGGGGCCAGCUAGCUGAUCUAUGGGAGGGUCUACGUCUGGGCCCCAUGAAUCUUCAAGACCCCUUUGACCUGAGUCACAAUGUGGCUGCCAACGUGACCAGCUGUGUGGCUGCGCGACUGCAGAACUGCUGCCGGGCUGCAGCCAGUUACUGCCGGAGCCUGCAGUAUCAGCGCCGCUCUGCCCGAGGCCGGGACUGGGGGCUGCUGCCCCUCCUGCAACCGUGUUCCCCUGCCUCACUGCUUGCAGCCACUCCCAUCCUCCUGCCCACAGUGCCCUUCCCUCAGCUUGCUGCUGCCCUGGUCCAGGUGCUGCGGGAUGCACUGGGGUGCCAGAUAGAACAGGGAACAAAGAGGCAAAGGCCUGGAGCAGGGAUGGAGGAGGCUGCCCAGGGAGGAGCUGUUAAAAGACCAAAACUAGAUGGACACAGAGAGGGUGGCAAGGACGGGGCUGGGGCUGAGGAUCCGUGGGGAGACACAAGGGACCUUGGUCGAGGAGCAGAAGAGGAGAUGGUUGUAGAGGCUGGCGAGGCGGCACAGGACUGGGGCAUGUGGAGCCCCGGGCAGUCAGGGGACCUGCCAGUGGUGGCUGGCCAAUGCCCGAGUCCCGGAGAGGGAACGAGCCACUCUGGGCCAACUCGACCAUGCCAGGGCCAUGCCAGCUGGCGCUGUGCCCUCUGGUAUCGCACGUGGCAGGGGCGGCGUCGAGUCCGGCGGCGCCUGCAGCAGCAGUGGCGACAGGGCCAGGGGGACGACACAGGGACUGAGUGGCUAGCAGUCGAGGCCCGUGUGACCCAGGAGCUGGCCAGACCUGGCAGCGGCGGGGAGCAGGCAGCGAGGGCUGAGCCUCUUGUGACCUUUGUGGCGAGCCUAUCUGAGGCAGAGGGGACGCUCACGGUCACCCCCUUACAGGAUGCGCAGGGUCUGUUCCCUGAGCUACACCACUUCCUACAGGGCUUCGUGCCCCAGGCGCUGCGCCAGGCAAUAAAACAAUGAACUGCGGAACCACA